AUGGCAAAACUCACUGAUGAUGCCGACGAAACGUUUAAGAAGGUCCAAGUCCACUGUCUGGUGCUGGGAAUCAUGACAACUACUAUGGCAGACGACUUCGGACUAGAGACUUGCCUGCCGGAAGCCUUGACCGAAGUUGCCGAUAAGCGACCAAAGGAUCCCAUCGCCUAUAUUGCUCUUUGGCUGCGCAACUAUGCAGUUGCCGUGAGGCCUGCAGCAGUCUAG